AUAAGUGGACUGUCGCAGCGGCAAUGACGUAGAGAACGUGUUCGCCAUAAUGACAGUAAAGCAACAACAAAAAGCCAAAUUAAAAUACAAAGGUUUGGCUGUGGAUAUUUUCCGGUACCGCCAGCGUUAGCCUGCAGCAGUAAGGUUUGAGUGCGUAUCGUCACAUUGGAGUCUUGUUAGAUCUGGCAAAACUGAGGAAGAACUGAGCGGAACAACGAGGCAGAGUUAUUAUGGCUUCGGCAUCUGCCAGUGUGGACGCCAAGGCAGAGCUGACUACUCUACUGGAACAAUGGGAAAAGGAGCAACAAGGCAGCACACAGGAGCUAGUUAACAUUCUUACCAAAAUCUCGGAGCUUGUUGAGAAGGAGACAGAGGAGUACCAUAAAGCAGACCCAGACCCUUUUGAUGAUCGUCAUCCUGGGAGGGCUGAUCCGGAAUGUGUGUUGGGACAUUUGCUCAAGAUCCUGUUUAAGAAUGACGACUUCAUGAACACAUUGGUGAAUAGUUAUGUAAUGGCCAGCAGAGAAUUUCCCCUCAAUGCAGCAGCCUGUCGCUUGCUUCAGAACAUCAUGCCUGGACUAGAGACAGCAGUGGUAUUUCAGGAAAAGGAGGGAAUAGUUGAAAAGUUGUUCAAGUGGGCUCGGGAGGCUGAGCAGCCCCUCAGAAUCUAUGCCACAGGCUUGUUGGCAGGUGCCAUGGAGAACCAGGACAUUGCAGCUAACUACAGAGAAGAGAACUCCAUUUUGGUCCCAUUGAUGCUGCAUCGCUUACGUGAGCUUCAAGAUAAAGAUGCAGAGACUAAAAGAGAAAUCAAGCGCCCCAGCCCCAGAAAAACUCUGAGUGGAUCUUUACUUCCUUUGGACGAGGAGACUGUUGAUGGAGGCUUUGAGGUGAAGCCUUUCUCAAUGGACCAAAAUGGGGCUGAAAGGGAAGGACUUGAGCAAGACGAGGAUGGGGAAAUGAGCCUCUCUGCCUUAGAGCCUGAAAAUGACCUUUCAUUCCGUCUCAACUCCCCUCACAAGACCAGCAGCCGUGCCAACUCGGCUGUUAAAACCAUGAUGAAGCCCAUGUCGGCCCCAGGCUCACUGCUCCACCAAGGCGUGUCUGAUGGUAGUAGUUACCUAAAAAGAAAAGCAGAGAGAGAGAGUGGCAGGACUGCAAAGCACAAGUUAAAUUUUUCUCUACCCGAGCCAGAGAGGAAUUUCAGCGAGCUUUCCAACAGCAGCUGGUCUGAGAUGAGCCCCUGGGUGAUAGGCAACAACUACCACUUAUACCCUCUCACCCCAGAGAUCGAGCAGAGACUCAUUCUGCAGUAUCUCACUCCUCUGGGAGAAUAUCAGGAGCUUUUAGCAGUAUUCAUGCAAAUGGGAGCACGAGAGCUCCUCAUGCAUUACAUGGAUUUAAAGCUGACCAAUGAUGUGCAGCUUACAUUUGAGGCACUGAAGUACUUGGCUUCUCUGCUGCUUCACAAGAAGUUUGCUGCCGAGUUUGUGGCGCAUAGUGGAGUUCAGAAGCUCCUGGAAAUCCCAAGGCCCUCUAUGGCUGCUACUGGAGUAUCACUGUGCCUCUAUUACCUUGCCUAUAACCAGGAUGCAAUGGAAAGGGUGUGCAUGCUGCCCCACUCUGUCCUGUCAGAUGUGGUUGGGUACACACUGUGGCUGCUGGAAUGUUCGCAUGCAUCCGGCUGCUGCCACGCCACCAUGUUCUUCUCGAUUUCCUUCUCUUUUCGUGCUGUACUGGAACUCUUUGACAAGCAGGAUGGGCUGCGACGCCUCGUCAAUCUGAUUAGUACUUUGGAAAUCCUAAACCCAGAUGACCAGGGUGCUUUGCUAAGCGACGACGAGAUUUUCUCCAGCAGGCAGACAGCCAAACACACCUGCAUGGCCCUGCGCAGGUACUUUGAGGCUCAUCUGGCCAUCAAAGUGGAGCAGGUGAAGCAAUCCUUGCAGCGUACAGAGGGAGGUGCUCCUAUUCACUCACAGCCCUACUACAAGGCAGUCAGUUACAGUCGUGAACAGGUAGUGGAAAUGAUGGAGUUUCUCAUAGAGUAUGGCCCCCUACGUUUGUAUUGGGAACCAGCUGAAGUCUUCCAUAAACUGUCUUGCGUCCAACUCCUUCUGCAACUUAUCUCCAUAGCCUGUGACUGGAGGACCUACUAUGGCAGGAGUGAUACUGUGCGCUAUGCCCUUGACAUCCUGAGUAUCCUCACAGUCGUACCAAAGACUCAGAUGUUGUUGUCUGAGACUGUUGCUGUUGUCGAUGAAGGCGGUGCCACUGUUUCGAGCGCUGGUAUGAACAUUGUUCUUGCUGUGGCAGAGGGAGAAGUAUUUGUAAACGAUGCUGAGAUCCAAAAGUCUGCUCUGCAGGUUGUCAUUAACUGUGUCUGUGCACCUGACAAACGCAUGUCCAGUAUUGGCAAGUUUAUUUCGGGCACUCCCCGUCGUCGCCUCCCUCAUUUAACCAAAUCCAGCGAAAAUGUGCUCACUAAGAUGUGGAAUGUGGUGCAGUCCAACAAUGGCAUUAAGGUCCUGCUGUCCCUGCUGACAGUAAAGAUGCCCAUUACAGAUGCAGAUCAGAUCCGAGCUCUGGCCUGUAAGGCUCUGGUGGGUUUGUCUCGGUCCACUUCUGUCAGACAGAUCAUCAGCAAGCUGCCUUUGUUUAGUAGUGGACACAUCCAGCAGCUCAUGAAGGAGCCUGUGCUCCAGGAUAAACGCAGUGAGCAUGUCAAGUUCUGCAAGUUUGCAGCUGAACUCAUAGAAAGAAUCUCAGGAAAACCCUUGCUGAUCGGUACUGAUGUAUCCUUGGCAUGGCUACAGAGAGCAAGUGUUGUCGCUCAGUCAAGGAUCACCUUUCCUGAGAAAGAGCUGCUUUUGCUUAUUAGGAACCACCUUGUAGUGAAAGGCCUUCAUGACACAGCCACAGCUUUAACCAAGGAGGCAGAUCUACCAAUGACAUGUCUGUCACAUUCAUCUCUCUCUGCUUCUACUUUUGUUCCUGUCACUCCCCCACCUCCUACUGCUGCUGUUGGCACUCUACCACGCACCCCGCGGCUGGCCAAUGGUGUUGGGUCAAGACUGGGCAGCCAUCCAUCUCAUUUAGCCACUCCAGCACCCAGCCAUUUACAAGCCCGCCCCUCUACAUCACAACCUGCUGGGCUCUCUACUACUCCUUUCCCAUUGACUCCUGUGCCCCAUUGUAACAAUGGCUCUCCUCUGAUCGGCCGAAUCGUUUUCUCCCGUGAGAGGCACACAGGGUGCAGCGUGAUGAGCUGCAAGAAACCCCGAGUGUUGAGGCAGAAGUCAGACCAUGGCGCCUUUAGCCAGACACCAGCGAUGAAGAAGCAGUUUGACAGACACAUGCCCUCCCCUCCUGCAUUAGACAGUAUCAUCACUGAGUACUUGCGGGAACAACAUGCUCGCUGUAAGAACCCAGUUGCAACCUGCCCACCUUUCUCUCUCUUCACCCAACAUCAGUGCCCUGAGCCCAAACAGAGGUGCCAAGCACCCAUUAAUUUCACCUCCCGCCACACGAGAAGGGUCAUAUACCCUAAAUAUGGUGGCGUCGAUGGAGGAUGCUUUGACAGACACCUCAUCUUCAGCAGGUUUCGGCCAAUCUCUGUAUUCAGAGAAGCUGAUGAAGAUGAAAGUGGAUUCAUGUGUUGUGCUUUCUCAGCUCGUGAGCGGUUUCUAAUGCUCGGGACCUGCACAGGCCAACUAAAACUCUACAAUGUGUUCACAGGCCAGGAGGAGGCCAGUUACAGCUGUCACAGUUCAGCCAUAACUCACAUGGAGCCCUCACGAGAUGGUUCCCUGCUUUUAACAUCAGCCUCAUGGAGCUACCCAAUGUCUGCACUGUGGGGGAUGAAGUCAGUGUUCAUCAUGAAGCACUCUUUCCUGGGUGAUCAUUAUGUGGAGUUUAGUAAGCUCUCGCAAGAUCGUGUCAUUGGAACCAAAGAGCAUGUUGCACAUAUUUAUGACAUUCAGACUGGCCAGGUGACGCUGACUCUAAAUAACCCAGACCUGGCUAAUAACUACAAGAGGAACUGUGCCACCUUCAACCCCACAGAUGACUUGGUACUUAACGACGGUGUGCUGUGGGAUGUGCGCUCUGCUCAGGCCAUCCACAAAUUUGACAAGUUCAACAUGAACAUCAGUGGUGUGUUCCACCCCAAUGGCCUGGAGGUCAUCAUUAACACGGAGAUUUGGGAUUUACGAACCUUCCACCUCCUCCACACAGUUCCUGCUCUGGACCAGUGUAGAACAGUCUUCAACAACAAUGGCACUGUCAUCUAUGGAGCAAUGUUGCAGGCUGAUGAUGAAGACGAUAUGAUGGAGAUGCAGAUGAAAAGUCCAUUUGGUUCGUCGUUUAGAACUUUCAAUGCCACAGACUACAAACCAAUUGCCACCAUUGAUGUCAAGAAGAAUAUUUUUGACUUAUGUACAGAUUCUAAAGACUGCUACCUUGCUGUAAUCGAGAACCAAGACUCAAUAAACACAGACACAGUUUGCCGGCUUUAUGAAGUUGGUCGACAAAGACUAGCAGAGGAAGAAGAGGAGGAUGAAGAGGAUCAGGAGGAUGAUGAUCAGGAGGAUGACGACGACGACGAAGAUGACUCUGAUGAUGACAUUGAUACAGAUCCUCUUAUCGCUGAGCUUGAGAAUGAGAAUGGUGGCGAUGAUGAUGAUGACGACGAUGAUGCAAAUGUUGAAUUCUCUCCCUCUGAUGAAGAGGUCGCUCGCCUUCUCGAGGAUGACUUAGAUGUAGGGGAUGACGAUGAUGACGACGACAAUGAUGACGACUCUGACAAUGAUGACGCUGAACUGGAUGGAGAAAAUGACAGCUCCGACAACUCUGACCUUGAAGAUGACAUAAUUCUAUCCCUGAACGAGUGAGUGGCGAUUGGCAGCCGGGAUUGAGCAACUGGACUACAAGUCAAGGCAUCUGCCUCGUAGACAUCUGAGUUGCAGAGGAGGAGGCAAGAAGAAGAAGAGAGCAGUAGAUGCGGUGGGAAAUAACUUGGAGCACUGCCAGUUUGAAUGAGUUGGCGUCUGUGUACAAAUGGACUCUGAGAGAUAGGACCAAGGAAGAAUCUCAGAUAGAUAAAAACAGCAUUGUAUAUGAUAUAGUUUUAUAAGCCGGCCUGAUUGCACAUCAGGGAAAUAGCCAGUGUGUGGAUGCAUUGAUGAACUUUUAUAUUUUAUUCUCAACCGUUUGAUAUUUUGAAAGCAAAGGUUUGGUGUCAAAUAAGUCUUUAAGGGAACAAGACCUAACUACAAUGUUGGAGAGCGUUUGUGUAGCUAUCAAUGCAAUGCAUUCAUUAGCAUCGACCUUUGGAAUAUUCAUCAAAAAUGUAUUAAAAUUUUGGAUUUAGGCUGUUUAAUUGAAUUGACUUUCUGUUGGUCCAUCAGGGACACACAACGAUGCAGUUAUUUUCAUCUCUUCUCUUACGUUAGAGAAGUUAAAUCGGCUCUGCACUCUUCAUUCUUGUUCCUGGACAUGCCUACCGUGCACUCAAUCUUUCGCGGCUUUUCGUCAUUUCACACCCAGCAAGGCUUCGUCUCAAGUGAAUAGAUGCCAGCCUUUGGGCUUUUGAUUAUUCAUCUUGCAGAGUUCUGUACAAAAAGCAUCUGGGUAAAAAACGAUUCAAAUUUGUUUUCUUUAAAAAAAAUUGUGUUACCAGGUCAAUUCAAACAUUGAAGAGAAAAUGUGCUGGCUCAAUUUUACAAAGCCACCAGGAGUUUGAGUUCUCUUCAGGUUUUUGCUUCCUAUCAUUUUACCAGGUUUCUUUCUCUCAAGAAGACAUGGGUUGAGUUUCUUGAUACAUUAAAUGUACAGCUUGUACAGUAUGUACCUAAAGUAUUU